AUGGGUCGCCUUUUGGUACAGCAAGUGGGAGAAGAGAGUAUGCGCGCGAUACAGCCGAUUCUUCUUCGCUAUCUCCGCUUACGUGUGAUGAUGAAGAAUCCAGCCCCGGCUCAGAAGAGGGAGCUAUUGACUUUGGGCCACGCUCUAGACCGGUUGCUACAAAGAGACAUUUUGGGGGCCAUGGACAUUAUGAUGCAGCGCGUGAAAGCCAUCGAGCUGGUUCUGGCGGGUUCGGCAUGGGCAGUGGCCCAAAAUUUAGAGCUAGUCCCCCUCGACCAGGAGCUCAUCACCAGCAUAGCCGAAGCGCAGGGUGCCGCGAGGGAGUUUCGGCACGAAUCGAAGGUUCAAAGGGAGCUGGGGAAAGGUGGUGGCAAAACCAGAUGGCAGGAGGAUCCUCGGAGAAAAGGGGAUGGCAAGAAAGGGGAUGGAAAGAACCACAAAGGGGGAGGCAAAGCGAACCCCGGGAACCAGGGGGGCAAGCUGGGCGAAGCCCCAGCAGACCGUGGCAGGCAGCUGGGCACCAAAGGUAUCAAGGAUGUUUUCUAUUCAGAGGAUUGGUUUUUGAACAUUGUGGAUUUACUGUUGGGCGGAUGCGAUUGUGGUUUCAGUGGUUUGGUGAAAGGCUUUUGCAAUGGAGGAGAAGCGUUUAUGGCAGAGAGAAGACAAGAGAGAGCAUCAGUUUUCCCUCUGCCCCUGCCCAACUUGGAAACAUGGAGAGACUCUGUGAGCAAGAAAGAUGGUGUCAGCGUGUGGUUGUUUUUGGUCGUCUUUGGCCUGAAUUACCUCAACGGUGGGUCUCAUUGUCACAUGUCAAGUCAGAGUCCAACCGCGUUGCAGAGCGAGAUUCUAGGGUACCUUGAGGGGCGCAUCAAAUGUUUUCUGGAGCAAAGUUUCAGUUUGGAGAAAUUUGACUGGAGCAAGUUCCUGCAGACGCGCAGCGUAAGCUAUUCCAACGAGGAGGUGCGAACAGCCAAGUGGACUACGUGGGCCAAUAUAGAACCAGCUUUACCAUUAGGUUCGAUUGCCUCUAUUGCGGCAGUUGACCUGGCAGAAGGUGGAGUGCUAGAUCUUCUGAUUGAGCCUCAAAAGUACUUGGUUCCCGGCUGGAACGACGACGCAGUUAGGGCUUCGAGGGUGAUGGUUCGCGACAACGAUUGGGAUGAUUUAGCUCGGGGACUUGUGCGGUACAAUCUCUGUGCGGUCCUUCCAGGUUCGGCCUUAUUGGCACCCGGAGGGGAACCUCUCUUGAACGGGUUGUUCGGGGUAGAGAAGGGUGAGAAGCAGUCGGGUGUUGAAGUACAUCGCUUGAUCAUGAACCUCAUUCCGCUAAACUCCAUCAGUGUGCCUGUGAGUGGGGAUGUGGCUACCUUGCCACUUCUACAUCAGAUGGGAUCGCUACAGCUACACCCUCAAGACGAGCUGAUCAUAUCGUCAGAGGACAUCCGAUGCUUCUUCUACCUGUUCAGGUUACCUCCCGCUUGGUUUCCAAUGCUAGGUUUUGGUAAAGCCGUUCCACCAGAUUUGGUUCCGCCUGGAGUGGAUGAGCCGUGUUUCCUCACUGCCAAAGUGGUCCCUAUGGGGUAUCUCAGUUCAGUUGGUGUCGCUCAACAUUUGCAUAGGAAUUUCCUGAAGAAAGCGCAGGGGCCGAUCAAGCAACUAGGUGCUUUCAACGAGGUCAGGAAAGAUCGCACUUGGCCUUUGAGCAAUCCGGUGUGGCGGGUGUAUUUAGACAACCUCGACGUCCUCGAAAAGAAGUCCCCCGAAAUGGUGAGGUUGCUUGAGGGCAAAGUGUCACCUGAAGUUGCACCGUUGAUUGCAGCCUAUGAAGAGGGCGGGAUCCCGCUCAACCCGAAGAAGUCAGCUAAGCAGCAGACAAAGGCAGAAAUUCAGGGCGCUGAUGUUGAUGGGUCUUCUGGGUGGAGCCGGCCUAAGAGGGACAAGCUCAAAAAAUACGUGAGCGCGGCGCUCUCCUUGCUUAGGAGGGCACGUUGUUCACAAAAGGAGAUUCAGAUCGUUGGGGGUGGCUUUGUUUAUUUUGCUAUGUUCCGGCGGCCGCUCAUGUCGUGUCUGAACUUCAUUUGGGCUUUCAUCCAAUCCUUUGAAGAACCUGGUCCUCGGGUCCGUUCCAUCCCAGGGGCUGUCCUCUCCGAGAUGCUGAUGUUCCUCAGCUUGUUGCCCUUGGCUCACAUCGACCACAGGCUUUCAACGUCUGACUUGGUGACGGCCAGUGAUGCAUCGCUCUUCGGAGAAGGCGUUUGCGCCUCACAAGCUGAAACCAGUUUGGGAGUAGAGGUAGGUCAGGGCCCUUUCCGAGGAGAAGAACGUCGCGAGACACCUGAUGGUGGGAUUGUGUGCAUCUGUCUCUUUGAUGGUAUCUCAGCACUCCGCGUGAGCCUUGAAGUCAUCCAUGCUUUAGUGUCCUUGCACAUUUCUGUCGAGAAGGACCCAUGCGCUCGCAGGGUGGUGGAAAGCAACUUUCCGGACACCAUUUUCGUAGAUCAAGUGGAGGAUAUCACCCCGGAUAUGUGUCAGCGCUGGGCUGGUUUGGCAUCCACUGCGAAACUGGUGUUGGUUGGAGCUGGGGCCCCAUCUCAGAGGUCACUGCAUUCCUUGGUGAGGCCGAUUGUGGACAUGAUUCAGAAAGCCUUCAGCUGGUGCCCACUUCAUUUCUUGCAGGAAAGUGUUGUGAGCCUUGAUGCACAAGCUCGGGUCUCGUACACACGUGAAGCAGAUGUCAUUCCAUACCGUAUUUGCGCUUCGGAGUUAUCCCCAUCCCGUCGAGAUCGACUCUACUGGUUUACAUGGGCCUUGGAGCACGAGGACGGUGUAGAACUUUAUCCGCCCAAGAGCGGUGAUCCAACCACAUAUGGGCGGGUUUCUUUCACCGGUCCGGUGAAGCAAGUUGGAUGCUUAGAGCCUGGCUGGGCUUUGCAUCCCAAGGCGAGUUGCCUCACCACUUUCACCGCAGCGCAACCCAGUGAAACCAUUCGGGACAAGCCGGCAGGGAUCGCCAGAUGUGACGCCCAAGCACUCGAUCGUUGGGCUGCCGAUCGGCAUCGCUUCCCCCCAUACCAAUACAAGGAUGAGAAUCUUCUUUGGCACCCCAAGAAGCCUCCAAGAACUCCCAGCGUGGCAGAAAGAGAACGUUGCCUAGGUUUUCCGCCUGGUUUCACUCGCAACGUGCUGCCAAAGAACGAUGCCAAAGGGAAUCCACAAAGGGUGGAGGAUAUCCGUUUGACCCUGUUGGGCAAUUCUUGGAGCAUCGCUGUUGUAGCCUUCUUACUGCUUCAACUCCUUCGCCCUUUAGGGCUUUGCUUGACUGAGUCACUGCACCAACUCGUUUCCAGCCUGUUCGGCGGCCUGCCGAUCUUUUCAACAAACCUGCUGGCUUGGCAUCCUCUCGGAGCGAGCGUUGUCAGUCAUCCUACGGGAUCGGGGGGCCGGCUGGUUCCGAGAUUGCUCACCCUGCUGUCUGGCAAGGGGAGUGACAUCAUGAUUCAAACGGGAGCCAACGUUCAAGAUCAUCAGCGUUUCCGGGCUUCCAUUCCAGCCCACCUGUGGUCUUGGAAGACCAUCUGCAGCUGGCCAUGGCCAGCUUCAGAAAAUGACCACAUAAAUCGCUACGAACUUCGUGCGGUUUAUACCGCUUUGCGAUGGCGAGUCCUCCGGCGAAAAGAGUUGAAGGCUCGUUUCAUCCACCUGACCGACUCUAUGGUCUGUCUGCACGUAGUUUCACGCGGACGCUCGAGUUCCCGCAAGAUACAGUCUUUGAUGUACCGCAUUGCUUCCCUCCUCCUUUGUUCCGGUCUCCACCCUUUCCUGUGCUACGUUUCCAGUGCUACGAACCCGGCCGACGCACCCAGUCGGCGCCUUAGCCGUGUGAAGCGCAAAUGGGCAAAGUGCGUUGACAGUGUGUUUGCAGAGUACAUAGAGCACCUUUGGGAAGAAGGCGAAAGCCUUUCUUUGGCCACAGACGGUCUUUCGGGCCUCCAAGACCUCCGCCCCCGUUUUCGGGGCAACCUGGCGCUGUCCUGGCGCUUGGUACGCACUUGGCAAAAACGAGGGUUGCCCAAGCGGGCACCGCCUUUGCCUGAAGACCUUUUGCAAAGUCUCUGUGGCUUCUUUCUUUUUAAGCAUAACCCGCUGAUGGCCUUAGCGCUGGAAGUGGCCUUUUACUCUGUUCUUCGCACCGGGGAGCUUCUGAGCCUUCAAGCGUCCCAUGUACACGUGUCACCGACUUUCGAAUUCGCCGUCAUCAGUUUGGGUCUGACCAAGACCUCGCAGAGGACGGGCACUUUUGACUCUGUCACGCUGCGUGGCUUGCAGGCUCUGGGACUGCUUGACUGGCACUUCAAGCCGUACAGCCUCCGGUGGAGCAGUGAACGGACUGCAAGGCUCUACAUCCAAGACGGCACUUCGCUCUUUCCGCUGUUGGGGCAUGUCAAAGCGAGAUUCGAUCCACCCUUUGCCAACCAGGAUGGUGCUGGGAUUUACUCAGUGCCUGAUUGGAGUACGCCUCCACCUGGGGUUCCGGAUGUACUUUGCGAUCUCAGGUCCAAACUUCGGCAGUGGAUCUUCGAUGAAAAGAUCCCACAACGACUACAGGCCCAUGCCUUGCAGCACAGCUCAGAGCCACUCUUUCAGGAAGGCGAGAUUCAGCAUCUCAGACAGCUUUUUCAGUCCUGGGUCUCAGAACAAGGAUCGUCACAUGUGAUUGACUGGACGAUUCCGGACCAUCAACCUUACGCUUUGCGUGCUUUGAAGUUCUUCUCACAGUUUGUCAAGGACAAGGAUGAUACCCUUUGCCAGUGCCUGCUUGAUGGGGUUCCCACAGGAUAUGACAGUGACAUCCCGCUUUCCAAGGUUUUCAUACCACAUCCGACAGCACCGGAGCUUUUCACCAGCUUUCCAUUGCCAAGGACAACUGGCAAAGCGCCAAUAAUGAUCCAGCUGGUGGUUGACUCCACCGUGUGUGGCACCAACGAUGCAUGCUCUAUCCCUGAGCGCUACACUUUGCCAGGUCUACAAGAUGUUCGAGAUUGCUUUCCUUUGCGCCUUCAUGCAGGCCUGUGUGAAGGCUUCCAUCUCGACGUCAAGGCGGCGCAUAAAACGGUUAGGGUCAAAGAGGCUGACCAGGGACUGCUCGGUGUCACUUUACCGGGUGGAGAGGGUAAGGAUGACAGACUUUUCUUUUACCGAGUUUGUCCAUUCGGAGCAAACUUCUCUGCCUUGUGGUUUCAGCGACUGGCGGGCAUGCUCUUACGACUCAUGCAUCUCUGGAUCUUUGUGCGCCAUGCUCUUAUGGGCUACGUCGACGAUUUUCUUUUCAUCCAGGACCGAGAGUGCAUCCUGUACUCUGCGUCACUCUUACUUUGCUUUACAUCUAUAUUCGGAGUGCCUUUGAGCUGGGCCAAGUUACAAUUGGGAAGUUGCAUUACCUGGAUUGGUUGGACAUUCAACUUUACCAGCGGCUCUUUUCAUAUUCCGCAAGAAAAAGUUGAUAAGCUUUUCAACUUGAUCAAGGAUGCUACACGGUCCAGAAGGGUUACCAGUGCUUUGCUCCACAAGUUGAUCUACAUCGGCAUUUGGCUUCCCAGUAUAGCAUAUCACAGGGGCUCUGGCCUUCUUUGGCUAACUACCUUGACGAUGAUCUUCGCUUUACAUCCGUACCUCCGGGUUGAGGCCUUUGCGGAUGCAAGAGCUGAUGGAGAGCUCAUUGGGAUUGGCGGUUUUAUUGCCUUCCCGUCUGGUGCUUACAUUUGGUUUUCUCAGGCCUGGCAGCUUUCCGAUUUGUCGGUUUUGAGUUUGGAACUUCGCCGACCCGCGCAUAAGGACAUUGCCUGCUAUGAGACUUUGGCGCAGAUUGCUUUGGUACAUGCUUACAGGUCAGUAUUUCCUUCGGGUCGAGUGGCAGUUCGCCUCCCCUCCUUUUCCGACAACGCUUCGACAGAGGCCUUGGGGGCGAAGCUUUACACUGCCAAGUGGCCAUUGGGAGCGUUUGCCCAGAAACUUUCCCUCAUAUCUGCAGCUUCGGGUAUUGAGCUGGAUAUUUCUCACAUCGCCGGUGAGAAAAAUGAUGAUGCAGAUCUGUUGAGCAGGUGGAAUCAAACUGAUUCUUUACCUGACAAAUGGCGGAAAGAAGACCGGGUGGACUGCUCUCUCAAGUUCAUCUGGUUCUUUCGCAAGGAAGUCCUGGUGUGGCCUUCCCACUUUUCUUUGCCAACGGAGACACCGGAACGACAUGUGUCAGAUGAUGACAUAUGA